AUGGCUUCAUCCAACCAUUUAGAUGAAGAAACACCCCUCCUCUCCGAUCCUACCGUCCAAUCACCAUCUAUCUCAGAAGAUCCUUCUGCAUCUGCAGAAACAACAAUUAUUCCAGAUGAACCCAGUACCAAACGUCUAGUAAUUACCCUAGGCGCAGUCUGGGUAGAUAGUCAAUGGGUGAUGAUAUUUGGGCGAGUGGUCGCAGGAUGUGGAGGUGGAGGUUUAAUGGCUAUAAGCACUUUUGUGGGAAGUGAUUUGGUUCCGCUUAGAAAGAGAGGGGUAGUGCAAGGAAUUGGAAACAUUUGUUAUGGAACGGGAGCGGGAUUGGGAGGGAUUUUUGGAGGUUGGAUAAAUGAUACUUGGGGAUGGAGAAUGGCUUUUCUGGUUCAGGUACCUUUUAUUGUGGUUUCCGGAAUCGUGGUUGCUUGUUCCGUCAAUAUCCCUCCUAAGAAAAGCGAAAAGUCGAAAUUAUCAAGAGUUGAUUUCUUGGGCUCAUUCACCCUGGUUCUUACUCUCGUUCUUCUUCUCCUAGGGCUUAAUUCCGGUGGAAAUAUAGUUCCAUGGAAUCACCCCCUCGUCUAUGUUUCGCUUUUCCUUUCUUUGGUUUCCCUACUUGGUUUCAUAUACGUCGAACUAUACAUCGCAUCCGAACCCGUCAUCCCCGUUCGACUCCUCGUCAACCGUACCGUUCUUGCAGCCUGCCUUACAAAUUGGUUCGUCACAAUGGUUAUCUUCAUGAUUAUCUUCUACGUACCACUAUACUACCAAGUCCGUGGUGUAUCAACCACUGCUUCUGGUAUGCGACUUAUCCCUCAAUCUAUCGGUGCCUCUAUAGGUUCUUUAAGCUCUGGUAUCAUCAUGAAUAGGACUGGCAAAUACAAAGCUGUUAGUCUUGUUACACUUACCAUGAUAGUUAUCGGUACUGGUUUAUUAGCAACUUUAAAUCCAAGUACUCCGGAUUGGCCAAUUUAUAUCUAUCUCUCCUUAACAGGAAUGGGUUACGGUGCAAUUCUCACUACCACACUUUUGGCCAUCAUCUCAGCAGUAUCUCAUGAUCAUCACUCCGUUAUCACAUCAGCAUCCUAUGCAUUCCGUUCUACGGGAUCCACAAUUGGCAUCACAAUCGCAAGUGCAGUAUACCAGAAUAUACUUAAAACACGCCUGUGGGAGAAAUUUGGGGAUCAACCAAAUGCGGAGGAAAUUAUCAAGAAGAUUAGAGAUUCUUUUGAUGAGUUGAAUAGACUUCCCGAGGGUUGGAAAGAGGGUGUCAUGGAGAGUUAUAUGGAUUCUUUUAGAGGGGUUUUCUUGACGGCUUUGGGUUUUGCGGUGUUGAUGGCGGGGGUCGGAAGUAUGAUGAAGCAAAAUGUUUUACAUGAGAGAUUGGAUAGAAGUUAG